GACCAUAAAGUUUGCUAACAAGUCGCGGAAGAAAUUACCAUUCCUCGAAGCACAUUUCUUGUUCGGAAAAACAUUAUGCAACAUUGUCAGUCUCAACAUGGACAUUAUUAAGCCUAAUGGAUACGCAGAUUUCGAAUGGGCAACUCGUUUAAAUCGCAUUCUCCUAAACAUUGUUGGAAUUUGGCCGAAUGCUCACAAAAAUGCCUAUGAUAAAUUCUUUUCAAAUGUACGUGCGGCAUUCACUGCAAUCGUUCUCCUUUUCGCUGGUACAAUUCCUGGUAUACAUUCACUAGUGAGAACUUGGGGUGAUCUGAUGUCAAUGAUAGACAAUCUACAAUUUACUCUUCCAAUAACGAUGACCAUAAUAAAACUUAUCGACAUAUGGUGGAAGAAAACAGAUCUUCUAAUGGCCAUAAAUAUGAUUGCUGAAGACUGGGUAAAGGACAAAACCAGUAAAGAACGGUGCAUUAUGAUAAAGCAAGCACAAAACGCCAGAAUUAUCACAAUAGUCUGUUGUUCCUUCAUGUUCUUAGCCAGCAUUUUAGUCGUAAUUUUACCUUGUUUUGGAAUAACUGUAAGAUAUAUUACAAAUGUCACGGAUCCAGUUAAAAUCUUACCUUUACAAACUCAUUAUAUCUAUGAUAAAAAUCAAAGUCCGUAUUUCGAGAUUACAUUCGCCAGUCAAUUUCUUGUUGCCAUGGUGUGUGUUACAUCCUACACCGGAGUGGAUAACUUGCUUGGAUUAUUGAUAUUUCAUUUGUGCGGACAACUAGAAAUUCUUAAAGAAAAACUAAUUAACAUACAACUAUUUAACAAUUAUAAUGAAGGCAUAGCCCUAAUCGUGGAGGAGCACAUACGCCUGAUCAAGUGUUUUCGCAUUAUCGAAAGUACAUAUACUUUACUGUUACUGGGACUACUAAUGUAUUUUGGCUUAAUAUUCUGUAUGUACGGAUUUCUAACUCUAGCAAUACUUAUAGAAGGAAAAGGGAUGUCAAUGAUUCGCUUUAUAUACCUCGUUUCUAUUGUAUUAAAUAUUUCUAUGCACAUGUGUCUUUUUUGUGUCGUUGGUGAGAUUUUGGUAACAAAAUGCGAAGCUCUAUACCAGGCAGCUUACGAGCACAAAUGGUACACAUUGGAACCAGCAAAGGCAAAGAAUUUGCUUUUAAUAAUGAUUCGAGCUAACAAGUCUCUUUAUAUUACGGCUGGGAAAAUGUUUCCUAUGACAAUGUCAAUGUUUUGUAAUGUUAUAAAAACAUCUGCCGGUUAUGUUUCAAUUCUAUUCGCAAUGCAAAAAUAAAAAAAUUAGUUUUUAUAUUUUUAUUUACCUGGGAAUAAGGCGUAAGUAUAAUAUUGUUUCAAAUAUACAUAUAUUUAACAUAAUAUUGUAAUAUAAUAAGCACAUAAAAUUGAAAUACAUAUUUUCUAAAAAAAUAUUUAUUCGUCUCAGUAUAAACAGCUAAAAAGCUUUACAAAAUAGCAAUUGUUUUUUGUUUUAAUAUAUUUACUAAUACAAUCUUCUUUAAAUAUUUGAAUUAAUUUUUUUAUUCAAUUAAAAUUUAUAACAUGAUAUCGUUUAAUUUAAAUACAAGUAAUGCUAAAAUUUUUUUCUAUAUUUCUGUUGACAUAAUCGUUUUUAGCAUAGUUCUAUAAAGUAUACAUUACUUUAUAUAGCAACAGAGGAGAAGAAGGUAUUAUAGUUUUCGUGGACAAUAUGGCUACCCUUGUUAUUUUCGUUAUUAGAUGACGUAUUCUACUAAUUGCUUAUAGAGUUAUUCGUUUAAUAGCCCGCCGUUUUUUGCUU